UAUUGUUGAAGAAAAUGAUAAAAAAAUUAAUAAUGACACAAUAAAAUAUAGAAAAUCUAAUUAUACAGAAAAAAAUAUUGUUACAAAUUCCUUAAUUAAGUAUAGUCGAUUUGGUCAAACAAUUUCUAAAGAUGUAUUAAAACAUUUAGAUUAA